AUGCUGUCAUCGGCAGUGAAUCCAAUCAAUGGUGGUGAUUCAACAAUGCCUGGUGAUUAUGAACCGUUUUUAAGAGGCAGACCACGUGGUGCGCCUCUUUCAAAUUCUACUUUACCAACAGAUUUAUCGAUUCGCCCGAGAACACCAUUUCCACAAUUAUCUGCAGCUCCAUCAGCGGGUGGACUACCAAUGAGAACACCCUUUCCACAAUUAUCUGCAGGUCCAUCCGCGGGUGGACUACCGAUGAGAACACAAUUUCCUAAUCUCCAUAUGGUACCUCCACGUCGUAGAUCAUCAAUGAGACGACCACAUAUGCUACAUGCACGUCAUCCUAUAAGAAUUCGUCGUCCUAGACGAAGGCCACUUACACCAGACAUUGUCAUUGAUCGUCGAUCACACGGUCAUUCAUCAUGGGGACGACAUGGAGUGAUUAGAAUUCCACUUGAUAAUCGUGCGACACUUGGUUUACGUGGACCACCAAAACGUGUACUAGAAAUUGAACGUGUUCGAUGUCAUCGAAGACGUCGAUCAAGAUGUUACGACUAUGAAUAUGAUGAUCCUCCACCACCACCACCACCACUAUUAGCAGUAUCUCAACCAGCUUCAAUGGUUACUAAUCCAGUUGUAAAUGUUUGUUUUCCAUCUAAUAAUACAAAUACUGUAGCAACAUCAACAUUACUUUCAAAUCUAACUCCAGAAAUGCUUAAUAACUUACCUAAACAAACAGUUCAUUUAGAACCAAUACACAUAGAAGGUAGUCACGCUGAUAAGAAUACAGGACUUCAUACUGUCGUAUUUCCUGCUGAAAUAAUCAAUCCUAUUGAUGGUACUUUAUCAAUAAUUCAAGCUAAUCCUGAAGCCAACAAUAAUAAUAUUUCAAAUAUUUCAAAUAUUUUACCUCCUAUUGCAACAUCGAUUCAACCUCAAUCAUUGAAUUUACCAACAGUUAUUGGCACACCGAUUGCAUUAGGUGGAUCACCAGUACGACCUCCGAUGGCUGCAAAUCCACUAAGGCAACGAUUUCUUGAACUUUUUCAACGUCUAAAUACAUCACGAACACAACCGCAGAUACCAGCAUCAAAUCUUCCUAUAAUUCAACCUGCGGUAUCGAAUAUGUCAGGAAUCAGUCCAACAACUAACAGAUCAAGCAAUCUACCCGCUAAUUCACUAAGAAAUCCACCGAACAUCUCAGAAUUCAAUCCAAUGGGUAACAGAUUAAAUAAUCUACCGACUAAUCCAUUAAGAAAUCCACCGAAUUCAGGACAAUAUUCUUCAAAUACUGGUCCUUAUCGCUCAUCAAAUAUAACUCCUUAUCAAUCAACAAACAUUACACCAUAUCGUACAUCAACUUUUACACCGUCGAGUCGAGUAAACAAUAUGACUUAUCUUUCUCCUAGUGGUGCUCCUUCUAAUUCGUCAGAUCUCGGUCCAUAUCGUCCAGCAAAUAUUACACCUUAUACUAAUAUAUCCAAUCGAUCUACUAAUAAUCCUCUAUCACAACCAUCUUUUUCAUCUAACUUAACUCGUUACGCUUCGGCUGGAUCAUUAGCAUCUACUAAUACCUUUACUACUGGUUCUCCUUCAUCAUCUCCUGUACAUAGAACUACUGGCAAUUAUGCAAAUUCAUCAAUAUCAUCAACUCCUAAUCAAUCGAGUAAUUCAAUGCCGAAGUCCAUUCUUCGUAAUGGACCAUCAGCUAGUUUUUCAAAUACUACUUAUACUAAUUUAAAUCCACCUAAUACGUUCUCUUCAAAUGGUGCAUUUCCUAAGACAACAAGAUUUGAUUAA